AGCUUGUGCGGAUAACUGAAAUGUUUCUAUGGGAUGUGAGAUAAAAAUGUGUUGUCCGUCUCAUGACACUUGUUGUCUAGCCAAAAUAAUCGGCAGAUUCGGUCCACAGUGAUUUUAUACUAACAUCUGAUUGAGGUACCAGUGUGCUGAUCAAUAUGGCGUGGCUUUCGCAGAGUGUGAAUAAAUACUGAAUAUCAUCUGCAGUAUUAAUGUUAUAGCACGAUUUUCGGAUGCACCAGAGCAGCAGAUGGAUUGGAAUCAACUCCGUAGCAUUCUAAUUAACCUAAUCAGUAAAGACAUGAAGAUUCUCUAAAAAAUAGCAGUCAUGGGUGACGACAGCUACCAAUGUGAUUUUAUGGAAUUGGCCUUCAAAUCGGCGGAGGAAGCUUUAGCAAACCAGGAAGUGCCUGUCGGUUGUGUGUUCGUUCUCGACGGUCGUGAAGUUGUUGCCAAUGGACGAAAUCGCGUCAACGAGACCAAAAACGCAUGCCUUCAUGCUGAAUUCGUUUGUUUGGAUCAGGUCGUAGCCACGCAUGGCCGCAAAGCUCUUACAAGAAUCGAUGUCUAUGUAACAGUGGAGCCUUGUAUAAUGUGCGCGUCGAUGCUGGAGCAAAUCGGUGUACGAAAAAUCAUUUACGGAGCUCACAACGAACGCUUCGGCGGCCUUGGUAGUGUACUAAACGUUUUAAAUCCGUAUAUAGGCAACGACCAAAGGCAUGGAGCAAGCCAGGACCAAGGUUCGACCAUUAAAGUCGUGUCUGGUGUGCAAAAAGAACGCGCCGUUAACCUCUUAAAGCAGUUCUACCAGGGCGAAAACCCAAAUGCGCCCCAACCAAAACCUAAGAGGAAGAAUAAAGAGAGCUGACAUAAAUGAUUGACCUAUAUCAAUA